UCAAAUCCUCCAUCCCCAUCUCUCUCUGUCUUUAAUUGUAAUCCUUCAAGAUCCUCACAUCUUGCCAUUCUUGCUCAAGAUUUCACUAUUUCGCUCUAUUUUGUUUUUUAAAUUUGUUGUCCUGAACAAUCACUAUCAACCCGUCAUUCAAGUCUCGGAGUAAUCCAUGGCCGUGCCUUCAAACAAAUCAUCUUCCUCACAAGCGAUUUUAAGCAGGGCAAAUCUCAACUCAAGAAACUCAGAGAGUAGCAACCCCAUCAGGAGGAGUUUCAGUGGCAACCCAUUUACGAGACCCUCAAUUGUUGCAAACCCGAGAGGCUUCAAUCCGAAUACUCCGGCUAAUAGUCCUUCAGACUUUACGCGAAGAAACUCGAUGGGGAGAGAAGGUGCAGCUUUUUUGCGAGAUCACGAGGACAAAGAAAACCCAAAAGACCAGAAUCCGAAGCUGGGAAGAGUCCGAUCCCCAGCUUCUUUAAAGGGCACGAAGAAUUUCAUGUCUCCGACAAUCUCAGCAGCUUCUAAGAUCGCCUCGUCUCCAAGAAAGAAGAUACUGGCUGAGAGGAACGAACCGGCUCGGACUUCUCUUUCGUUCUCCAACGAAAAAAAACCGUUCCGGUCGGUGACAUUCUCAGAUGUAGUGGAGGAUAUCGAUGCUAAGGCAGAUACUGGAUUGCAAGAGAUCAAGAUUGGAGCUGCGGAUGCCAGAGAGGCACUUCGAUUGCAAGAGAUCAAGAUUGGAGCUGCGGAUGCCAGAGAGGCACUUCUCACAGCCUUUUCAAUUUCAGAAGCUUUGAGAUGCGAGGAAGUCUUUGAUCCUGAGGUACCUUUGAGUUCUGAGAUUGACUCGAAAUCGUCGUCGGAGGGACCUGAUUGUGUUAAUCUUGACCAGACUUUCAAGACUGAAGUCGCGGAUGACAAGGAGGGGGCACCUCUCACAGCUUCUUCAAUUUCAGAAGUUUUGAGAUGCGAGGAAGUCUUUGGUCCUGAGGUACCUCUGAGUUCCGAGAUUGACUCGAAAUCGUUGUCGGAGGGACCUGCUUGUGUUAAUCUUGACCCGACUUUCAAGACUGAAGUCGCGGAUGACAAGGAGGAGGCACCUCUCACAGCUUCUUCAAUUUCAGAAGCUUUGAGAUGCGAGGAAGUCUUUGAUCCUGAGGUACCUUUGAGUUCCGAGAUUGACUCGAAAUCGUUGUCGGAGGAUCCUGAUUGUGUUAAGCUUGACCCAACUUUCAAGAUUAGUCCCACUUCUUCGUGUUCGUGGUCGUGUCCUACGGUAGCGCCUCUGGAUGCGGACCCUUCAUUGCUUCCUUAUGAUCCUAAAGCUAAUUACCUCUCGCCGCGACCUCAGUUUCUACAUUACAAACCGAAUCCGCGAAUUGAGCUUUAUCGCAACAAGGACGGUGAUGGCAGACGACUCGAGGAAAGCUUCAUUUCCGGAAGCUUUUCAGACACUGAAGUUUCGGAAGAAACAGAGUCUGAUGAUUCACGGCAAGGAAACGAGGAUGUUUCUUCGGAGCAGCAAGAAGAGGUCCAUGUUUCUGAAACUAACCCCGGUAGCACUGAUUUGUCAGAGGAUGCUACUGAAGCAAAAGGAGGGUCUAAGCAACGCUUCUUUGCGAGGUCAGUGUGCAUUGGGCUGCUCUUGGUUCUCUUGCUGGCUGGCUUAUCAAUCUCAGUUUCUAAUCCUGAACUCAUCGAGCCCUCUGUGCUUAAAGUGUCUAACUUCUUCAAGAAUUAUGACUCGUAUGAAACUGCUGGAUCAGCAAAAGCAAAAUUUGAUGGCCUAGCUCGAAAUCUUUUCCAGUGGUAUGCUUACUCCAUCUCCUUCGUCUCCGGGCUGACGCCAAAUUUCGGAGGUGUACAUAUUUCGGGUCCCUUGCAUUAUUGUAACUUGACCACUUUGCCAGAGGAUAUUCUCGUUGAUGGGCAUCUUAUGUUUGGGCGUAGUCAUGAAGGAAGAGGAGAAAAGUUCGAACAUAGUAUGCUGGGUUCAAUGAGGGAGACGGAAGUUGAUGUUGAACCACUGGGAGAGGAGGGUUCAGAAGGACUUGAUGACCGGGUAUAUGGAGGAGGAGAAGUAAGCCAAGAGACUGAAGAGAUUUUAGAAGAGCACGGUGCUUCAGAAUUUGAGGAAGUGCUUCGGGCUCUAGAGGAAGAUCAGGUGACUGAACAAGGUAAUUUAGAAGCAGAGAAGACCGAGGAAGAAGUUUUUGCUGCCGGUAACCAUGGCAGUAGGCAGCAAAGUAGUGUAAACUAUGAGGAACAGCCCGUUAUGGUUCCAAUGGCUGACGAAGUUCAAUCUGAAGUUUCGGGAGCUGGGGAACUCAACGGUGAAAGUGAGACAAUUUCCUCCGCCAAAAUGGAUUCGCGCAAAGUAGAUGUAAUUUAUGAAAGCGCAGAAUUUGAUGCGACAAAGGAUGGAUUUUUCAGAGAGAAUAUGCUGGGAAUUGCUUUGCUGGUGGUGGUAUUGACACUUUUCACUUCCACAGUUUUCAUCCACGUGAAGAAAGACAAAAACGCAACCUCAAGUACCGCUAUAAAUGCGGAGCAGCCACUGCCGAUUAAGAAACUGGAUUUCAGUCCAAUGUCGGUUAGCACUGAGCAUAUUUUCCUCCAGCGACCAUCUUCUAGGAACUGGCCUACUGAGGUGGACAUGGAGGGAGAAUCAUGUCCUUCGGAAAUAAGCAGCUUUCAGAGAAGCUCUUCUUACAGUAAGAAAGGACUCAAGGAAUCGAGCGAAGCUCAGAGUCAGAAGAGGAGGAGGGAGCAGAGGAAGAACUACAAGAGAGAGUCACUUGCCUCUUCCUCAGAUUACUCCAUGGGCUCACUUUCUUAUGGGAGUUUUACUACGUACGAGAAAAUUCCGAUCAAGCACCACGGACACGGAGACGAGGAGACUGUAACUCCGGUUAGGCGCUCAAGCAGAAUCAGAAAACACGUCACUUCUCCAUGAUGACACGACUACGAAUCUGUUUUAUUUUCUGCCUUCCCCAUUGCGCAGCUGCGCAAUAGUAAUGUAAAUGAGCAGAUAGUUAGUUGCUAUUUUUUUUUUUUUUUUAAAUUUGAUUGCUUCUAAGUACUGUUGUUGUAGUUAUCUAUCGCUAAUCUCAGAUCCUUCUGACUUUUAAUUCCAUC